AUGGCAAAGACUUGCGUUAUUUGCGGCGGCAACGAGGAAGCUGAUGGCAACACGCUUAUCGAAGCUCCAUGCCAGCGACACUGGGUUUGCACCGACGAUGUCACCAGUUUCUUCGAACGCGCAACUGAGAACGAGAGCCUCUAUCCACCCAAGUGCUGCGGCCAAAUUUUCCUCCUCGACCUGUACGACGGCUGUGUCCCAUUCGAUGUUCAGUGGGCGUACCAGAUGAAAGAGCAGGGCGAGUACUCUGUGCUGGCCAAGUACCGUGUCUACUGCGCAAACCCUCCUUGCUCAAAGUUUCUCAGCCCGGCUACGCAUGUGAAAGACCCGAUUGCCGACGUCAGCUAUGCCAUCUGCGUGGACGAUGGCUGUGGUAAAUUCACCUGCACGACCUGCAAGGCACUCCUGGAUGGAGUCGAAGGACACAUCUGCGAGCAGAACGAAGACGAAAAGAAGUUCAGGCAGACAGCGACCGAGAGAGGCUUCCAAGAGUGCCCGACCUGCGCCUCUACAAUCGAGCUCGCUGAGGCGUGCAACCACAUCAUCUGCGAGUGUGGUGCCGACUUUUGCUACGUCUGCGGCGAGUCAUGGCCAGGUAUGCACGGCUGCCCGCACUACGGUCCUGCGAUCUACGACGAAGAGGGCUACAACCAGGACGGAUACCACAGAACCACUGGCCUCAACCGCGAGGGCCUCACGCGCCCCGAGCAGACACGCUUCCACACCAUCGGAGAUGAUGAUGAGGACGAGAGCGAUGAAGAGGGCGAUCCUGACGACCAUCACCUUGUCCUGCAGCACGUCGACGCUGCUGUUCGCGCCGUGUUUGCAGCACUUCCACACCAGGACCGUGAGGCAUUUCUGAUGAAUCUGCAAGUCCAGCUCUUCGAGGAACGCGGCAUCACCUUCCCACCUCUUGACGAAGACGGACGCGGUGAUGAUGGCAGCCUGGACGACAGUGACGUCGACGGAGAUAAUGAAAACCCUGACCCCGAGCACAGCCUUCACGAUAGCGAUUGGGAAGUGGAUGGAGACAGUGAUGAGGAAGAGCAGAACAACGUUCGACCUGACGGCGACGCCGACGAGGAAGGACAGGACAAUGCACCCUCCUUGCCCGCGAUCACUGCAACUCCAGGUGACCUGAGCGAAUCUAUCAGCGCACUAAUUGAUGAAAUCGAUGGCGCUGAAGAAAGUCUCGGUGCCGUCAUGCAAGGCAUGGAGGGGUUUCGGAGUGGUGCAUCAUCUUCAGUUGGUACUCGAGACGACGAUUCGCCAGGGACUCCCAUGGACGUGGAUCCGGUGGAGGAAGGGACGGACAAGCAGCGUGAGCCUUGGCUGAGAACGCCAGGCUCGUGGCCAGAUGAUGAUGGAUUUUAG